GAGUGGGGUUAUAUUGUUGUUUAUUUGUCUGUCAGCUCCGCCAGCCACAAACCAGAACUCUGAAUCGAGGAGCGUAAUUAUUUGAAUGUUCUGAGUUAAGAGAUUUAUUUCAUUCUUCCCUGAAUCGUGGAAGUCUAGGGUUACAUUCAUCGCUUCUGGGAUAUGUGAUUUCAUUGGCGGAAGCGUUUCUUCAUUUAUGUCCCAAGUCAAUAAGGUUAGGGCUUUUUCACAAUCCAUACCAAACUCGUGGAAUUAGGCCACAAGCCUGUCUUUCCCUUUUCCAUUAUCGGGAUCUCUGUUGGUCGACAUGUGAGUAUCGAGUUAAGAGGGAGAUUAGUGGUUUCUGUUUCACCAGAUUAGAGCUGUUUGAUUACGAUAACAGAAGCUUUGUUGUCUCUUUAUGCCCAUGCGCAUCGUAAGGCUAUAAAAUAUAAGAAUUCAUGUUCUAUAAGCAUAUCAUUCUGAAGCGAUGAAUGCAAGCCAUCCUGCAGUGCACCCAAUAGAAGCUCCCCCACUCACCGAUGCUGCAGGCAAUGUACCGAGAGUGAGAAUGAAGGACAUCCAAGGCAUGCCUGGAACCUCCGGAGGGGUUGCCUUACGUUUAUCUCAGUCUGUCUUUGCAGUUGCAGCAGUUUGCGUCAUGGCUUCUACCAACGAUUUUACCUCUGUCACAGCCUUCUGUUACCUUGUAGCAGCAGUCGGCUUGCAGAGUGUGUGGAGCUUAUCACUAGCUUUUGUUGAUAUAUAUGCCCUUCUAGUGAGGCGAUGCUUGCGGAAUUCCCGAGUUAUCAGUUUGUUCACCAUUGGUGAUGGGAUUACAUCCACGCUUACAUUUGCUGCAGCGUGUGCCUCGGCGGGAAUUACUGUGCUCAUAGGCAAUGAUCUUGGUGAUUGUUCUAAGAACCACUGCGGAAGGUUUGAAACAGCAACAGCAAUGGCUUUCAUCAGCUGGUUUGCUGUUUCUCCAUCUUUUUUCUUGAACUUUUGGUCGUUGGCAUCUCGAUGACAGGAAAUUAUAGAGAAGCCUUCAUUGUCUGAACGGUUUGUGUUAUUCGUGUGAUAUUCUGACAAAAUGGAUUGGUGGCGAAAAAAUGACUUAUAUUAAAUCAGAAACAUAGAUGCAUUUUUAUAGAUACAGAGGUGAACCAACUUGUAUUGCUACAUCAGCUUGCAGUUACAACUGUCUUGAUUUUCUUGAUU